UCUCCUUCGUCUUUCUCCCAUGUCGUCUCCGCCUUCUAUGCCCUCGCCUUCCUUUACUCUGGCUCCGCUGUCUCCUCCUCCUUCGCCUUCGUCUUCUUUAUCUUUUGGCUUCCCAAAACUUCAUUCCGAAUUAAAAUCCUAUCGUCGCGAUGUGGUGGCCUUCUUCUCCGCUGGUUUUGCCUUCCUCAUCCUCGUAUUUUCUAGUUACUGACGGAGUUGGCGUAUCAUGCUACCUUUGGCACACACACUCUCUUUCUCCCCUUUUCCAGCUUUCAAAUCCUCCACCACCACAAGGUUGAUUGUGAAAAUGUUAUCAUCGGCCAUGAAAUGUGGGGAAAAUCAGGUUGGGUCCCUGGUGCUGAACCCUCCCUCACACCCAACUUAUGACCUUAAGGGAGUUAUACAGCUUGCACUAUCUGAGGAUGCUGGUGAUCGAGGGGAUGUGACUUGUAAAGCAACCAUUCCCGAUGAAAUGGAAGUGGAAGCCCAUUUUUUGGCAAAAGAGGAUGGGAUUGUAGCUGGUAUUGCACUAGCUGAAAUGAUAUUUAAUGAGGUUGAUUCAUCACUAAAGAUCGAUUGGUCGAUAAAAGAUGGUGAUAGUGUUCAAAAAGGCCAGCAGUUUGGCAAAGUACAUGGAAGAGCCCACAGUAUAGUUGUGGCUGAGAGGGUGGUUCUUAACUUUAUGCAGAGAAUGAGUGGAAUAGCAACUCUAACUAAGGCCAUGGCAGAUGCUGCACAUCCUGCAAAAAUUUUAGAGACCAGGAAAACUGCUCCAGGUUUACGAUUGGUGGACAAAUGGGCGGUCUUAAUAGGUGGUGGGCAGAAUCACAGAAUGGGUUUAUUUGAUAUGGUAAUGAUAAAAGAUAACCAUAUAUCUAUAGCUGGAGGUGUCACAAAUGCGUUGAAAUCAGUGGAGCAGUACUUUGAACAAAAUAAUCUUCGAAUGGGCGUUGAGGUUGAAACCAGGACUCUGGAGGAAGUUAAAGAAUUACUUCAUUUUGCAUCCACAACAAAGACUUCAUUGACGCGGAUAAUGUUGGACAAUAUGGUUAUCCCCUUGUCUAAUGGAGAUGUUGAUAUAUCCAUGCUUAAAGAAGCUGUUGAAUUAAUUAAUGGGAGAUUUGAGACUGAGGCAUCUGGCAAUGUCACUCUUGACACCGUAAACAAGAUCGGAUCUUCUGGGGUGACCUACAUUUCUAGUGGAGCGCUGACGCAUUCAGUUAAGGCACUGGAUAUUUCUUUGAAAAUCGACACCGAGCUUGCACUUAAAGUUGGAAAGCGGACAAAACGAGCGUGAUGAUUCUUCAGUCUUUCUUUCUCCAGUUCCUCUACUAUAUUUAUUUGCAUCCAUAUAAUGCCAAGCUGUACAAAAAGUAGUGCAGCACUAUGCAAAUAAUUUUCAUAUUUUCAGUUAGGUUGAAAGAAAGUAGCUUUUUGUGACAAGUAGGAGCUUGCAUGCACCACUUCGCUACUCAUUCUUUCUUAUGGUUUCCAUUAAUAGUGAUAUUCUUGAAAAUAUGUUGUUGGUUUGUAUUGAAUAUGAAUUGAAAUAAAGUAUGUCUUGAACCCCACAAAAUAGUUUACUAAGCUCAGUUCAAGAAAAGUGUCU